UCCCACUUUUACCCUUCCUCCCCUCCGUCCCCUUCCCUCCAUGGCCUCCUCCUCCUCACCCUUCUCGCCUCUCGCCUCUCCCUCCCAGACAAACCCUAACCCUCACGCCGGUGCAGAUCCUCGAUCUGAUCCCUCCAUGCCCGCCGCCAGCGACGGCGACGGUACCUCGCCCGCGUCGACGGAGCUCCAGGAGGAGACCGAGCUGGCCGCGCCGGGGAAGGAGGAGCCGGAGUCCCCUACACCUGCCGAGGAGACCCAAACCCCUAGGAAGACGCGCCUGCCGCGCGCCUGCAACAGCAAGCCGAGGUUCCCGCCCCCACCGCCGUUAGAACGGCCGCGUCGCCGAGCUACAGCAGGUGCCGCCGCGGACGAGACGCCGCAAUGCCGCGUGGUGACGCCACUUGUGUCGGAGCCCGAAGCGCCCGCGGAGCUGGCACGGUGGCAGCUCCGCUGUAUGUGGGAGCUCGGCUCCGUCCUCAACUUCCUCCACGUGUUCCGCGCUUUGCUCAACAUCACGGUGGAGCUCACGGCAGAGGAUAUCGAGGCAGCACUUAUCACGCCUAACGGUACUCUAUACGAUCUUCACAUGCCGCUGCUAAAGUCAAUUCCGCCAAUAACUCGCAUGGCGAUGGGGCGCGGAACCUGGGUAACCGUCCUAUGUAGAAAACUAAGGGAUUGGUGGCAUUGGGUUGCAGAAGGUGAUCUGCCAAUAGUUGCAUCACAUGGAGCUGAAAUUGAAAUGUACAAGGAGCUUGAACCAUCGACUCGUUUACUGAUCUUGAAAGCGAUAUGCGACAUACGUGUCGAGCAAGAUGAUAUACGCAACUACAUUGACACUUCUGUAAAGCGUGGUUAUGACCUUUCUACCUUCCGUAAAGAACGAAUUGGGGGAGAUUCCCUUGGAAUCUCAUAUUGGUACGAAGAUGAUUCAAUUCUUGGACAUAGAUUGUAUCGUGAAAUUAGACGAGUGGAACAGAUGAAGAAGGAACCAGGGAAGAGAUCGAAGGGAAAAAGAAUUUCAACUCCUCCAUCUGUGUCAUAUCAUUGGGAAACUGUUGCGUCCACUUUUGAAGAAUUUGAUGAUGUCGCAGAAAAACUAUUUUCUAGUCGGAACAGGACAGAGGUUUCCCUUGGCAAGAAGUUGAAGAUUGAAUAUCUUCCAGAGAUCGAAAAGAUUCAUAAAAAGAAGGAGAAGUUGCUCAAAAAGCAACAGAGAGAAGCUCUCCUCCUCGAUAGUUACUUGACAUCAGAUGUUACCACUGGUCGAUCUCUUCGUGAUAGAAAGCCUGUAACAUAUACUUUUGAUGACUAUGACCGCUCAAUAAAUGAAGCCAUUAAAAUAACGAAGAAAAGAGAAAACUCUGCCGAGCCUGUUACUACUCUCAAUAGAAGGAUGCUUGUACCAAGACCGGAGUCAUCAAGCAAUGGCAAGUUAAAUGGGCCCUCUCUAGCCAAUGAAUUAGAUGAUGGAAAUUCUUCGAAGUCGGAUGACUACCAAGAUAGUGAAGGGGAACAAGAAAAUGAAGCACUUGACCGCAGUAACCGGCGCAGGAGAAGAUCUCAGCGGUACACCCAAGAUUUUGUUGAGGCUGUCUCGGAUAUUGAUCCGAACUUUGACAGUGAUGAUGAUAUCAUGGGAGAAGCGGUCUAUGAUGAGGAAUAUUUGAGAACUCGCAAACUGCAGAAGACAUCAAGUACUUCUGAAGAGGAUGAAGAGUUCCGGUUGGAAGAGGAUGUUGAAGAUGACGAUGAAGAGGAAGUGGGAUUUUCUGCAGGCACCAGCGAAGAUAUAGAGGAGCCCCAGCGUCAUAAAAAGUUGCGAAGUCAAAAUGGCCGAAGAGCUAAGCUGAGAUCUGUUGAUGAAAUCCAAACAGGUCUCAGACGCAGCAAGCGUUCUUCUCGUCCACGUAUAAACUACCAGCAGUAUGAUUUUUCAGAUACGGAUGCAGAGGCGGGAAAGGCAGGUAAAUCAGAUGCAUCAGAACCCGAUGCCAACUCUGAUGCAGAAAAUGGUAUGGAACUCUCGACGUCAAGUCAAGAGCAACAGGAAGAAGAGGAUGAUGGCCCUGAGGAACUAAAAAUUAGUAAUGGUAACAAUAAAAUGGCUGAAGACCAUGCAGUGGUAGCAAAUAAAGUGCAAAAGGAGGAGCAGCCGCAGCUGCAGCCAGAAUCUGUAGAGAAGAUGGAUGUUCCCAGCAGGGAGAGUGGAAGUGUUGGAAGAACAUUCCUAGAUCUAAACGAGCUUGCGCCUGGAGGUGGCUUUGAUGAAGGACCUAGCCUGGCAAUGAAAGGUGAGGACAUGAAUAACAGUUAGGAAAUAAGUUGUGAUAUAUUCGAGUGUUAGGGAUUGCUGUUACGAGCAAGGUGUAAAUGCGUGAAGUCAUGGACAUGACGAUCAAUGGGCCUCUGAUGAGAUGUCGUGAUAUUUUGAUGGCUCAGUUUGAUUGUUAGUACAUUGAUUUACAGUCACAACUGGUGGAGCUUCAGGGGCGCACAUCCACGAAACAUCAUUUGAGCGCUUGAGAGGGGAUGCCAUGCUGACAAAGUUUACCAAUCGCUUGUGUAAACUACAUGAAGGCUGCAUGUUGAUCAAUUGCUGAUGUAUUAUGGUUAGAUUGAUUGUUUCAAUCUUGCGGUUGAAGAUGUAGGAUAUAAAUUUUAUUGCCUACCCUUGGGUAUAAUGCUGCUGCUGUGUGGGGUAUCACAUCAGUAUUUCGCAGGAAGCAAAACUUGUACUCCCUCUGUAAACUAAUAUAAAAGCGUUCAGAUUACUAAAAUAGUGUUCUAAAUGCUUUUAUAUUAGUUUAUGGGGGAGUACAAGCUAGUGGUCUGCUGGACGGCAUUUGAGUUUCUGUUUUGCACGUGUAGCAAGUGGCUUGAGUCUAAGCACGAGUUAUAGUUUUGUAUUUAUAAUAUGUGGCUACCUGAUUAGUUUGGUAAAAUCUGUGCAGCUGACUUUGAUUUCUCGGUCAAAGUUCUUGUAGUAUUAUUGUUUGGAUGGAAUUUGCGUUGUGUUUUUGA